AUCACUAUUAAAAUCUGAACCAAAACCACCUAUUUUAAUUAGGAGAGCAGGACCUCAGAUCCAGGAUCCUGUUGUAGCUUUCCAAGUCCCCCAGCUAUUGUAAUUAUUUUUAUUUAAUAUUUUAAAAAACUAAUUAAUUAAUUAAUACGACAGUAUAAAAGCAGCAGCGGACAUACCUUCUUCUCUGUUUUCCAAUUCUUCACAAUUCUCUCUCCCUCAACAAUGGCUUCUCCUUCUCCUUCCAAUUCCCCAAACCCUAACCCUAACCCUAACAUCACCUUCGUCCAGGCCGAUCCUUCCACAUUCCGCGCCGUCGUGCAACGCCUCACCGGCGCGUCCUCCAGCGACAUCAAUCUCCACCAGCGCCGCCGCCGCACGGCGACGAAGCUCGAUAUUAACCUCUGUAGCAUUAAAAAAGCCACCGCCGGAACAUUUUCUCCGCCCGCAGGAAAUCACAGCAGUAAUUUCCCCGGCGAGAUCAAUUACAAAGUUGUGGCGUCGCCGGUGUCGACGCUGGAGUACGCGGCGCGUCGGAGCCCUAGGUCGCCGUCGGAGGAAGAGGAGGAAGCCAUUGCUGAGAAGCGGUUUUAUUUGCGCCCGAAUCCGGGAGGAUCCGACCCGCCGGAGCUCCUGCCUUUGUUCCCACUCCAUUAAGCAUAAGUAUCUUACUCACAUAUCACAUAAAUAUAUAUAUACACACAAUGAUAAACUAGCUAGCUGAAUAUUAUUAUUAUUAUUAUUAUUAUUAUUAUCAUUAUUAUUAUUAUUAUUAUUUAUUGUAAUUUAUUUGAUUGAUUAAUUCCUAAAUAAUAUACAUAUGUAUGUGUGUAUUUAUACACAUGGAAUUCAGUACGUGUAGAGGUAUUUUAGUGGUAUAAUCUUAUUUAUUGUGUACUUGAGAUUU